CACAACUUCAAAGCUCUACAUAAUCUCCUACCUUCCAUCUGCCCACCUCCGAGCCCGCAACCAUGCCCCCGCAACUCCAGCCCCUCGACGAGUCCGAAUACGACGAACCCGCCGCUCUGCGUGGCCUCCCGGGCGGCACCCUCAACUCCGAGUCCAUCCUGUGGUACUUCAUGGGCAGCCCCUUCUUCGACGCGUCCUCCAACAACGUCGCGCUCUUCAACCACCUGCGGCAACUGGGUCCCGCCGGCCAACCCACGCUAGACAGCCGCCACGCGUUCGAGGAGGCGCUCCUCAGCAAGUACAACCACGGGUCAUAUUUCGUCGUAGCAUCGGAGCCGAAGAGAGAGGGCGAGCCAUGGGUGAUCCAGCGGCAGAGGAAGGACCAAGGAAGCGCGGAGAUUGUGGUGGAGGGCACGUGGUAUACGCAGGGGACCAAGAUUCUCAUGGCGCCGAGCUUGCUGGAUGUGCUGCAGCUGCGGUUGUUGAGCGUGAGCACGCAGCUGCAGGACUUCUUCGAGCUGUCGAAGAAUCUCUCGCACUUUUCGCCGGCGAUGGGGCACACGUACUUGCCGCCGUCCUACGAGCCGCCGAAAGCUGCAACUGCGAGUCGCGCCGGAAGCCGCAUUGGCAGCCCAGCGCUCGCCGCCAUCGAUGCCCCUGCGGCGGCCUCCCAAACGCAGUCGCAACCGCAAACCCUUGACGCGGAAACCAACCCCACCGAGUUCUCAGACCCCUUCUUCUUCCAAUCGCUCGCCCUCACCAACGCCUUCGGCAACGAGUACAUGGACGAGAACCCUCUGCAAGGCGAGCCCGGAUCCUUCGUCUUCGCCAACACGCUCGCGCACGUCGAUGCUCGAAACAAAGCACAGCAACAGCAACAGCAACAACAACAGCAGCAGGCAGCUCAAGCAGCAAGCGGUGCGUCUACCACUACUCCCGCAGCAGGAAACAUCAAGGCUGAGACUCAAAGCGUGAAUUCGAUAGCCGCGACGCCCAAGGCCGCGGCCGCGCCUGCGCCUGCCCCGGCAGCUCCGGAAGCGCAGAGCAGGAAAGCCAGCACAGCGAGCCUGCCAAAGCCGGGCAAGGAGAAGAGGCGCAAGUCCAAAGGCCUGACUAGCCCGACGACGCCAGCAGCCCCGUGAAAAAGCGGACUUGAGUACCUGUCUAUCUAGAGGCGCAACAGCACCGGGGACGGAGCCCACGGAUUCCUUUGUUCAUGAUACCCAGAGAUUGCAUACAUGACUCCUACCUAUCACAGUGCCGCCACCAUGGGAUGGGAGUGGCGUCAUUCAGGUACCCUUUCCGGUAGCUGAGGCCCACAUCCACGUAUGCCCACGAGGCUUGGACCCGCCCGAGCUACCGUUUUAUUGAACGUGGCAGCCGAGCUGAGAAAUGGGGCUGGAUUUAGCGAAAGCCUGCUUGCUUGCUCAUGUGCCAGGUGCAGGUGAUACUGAUACGAAAGUGGGAGAAUCAUAAUUCAGGGCUUUAGGCCAAUUAAAGGAUUAACUUG